AUGCAGUUGGCUCAGGGUAGUUCUUCAAGACAUGUGAAUAAGUUGGCUCUUUCUGAAUUGUAUUACAGAGAUGAAUUGACUUUGCAAUUUUCUGUGACACAUCCUUUUGAAGGUGGAGAGACAGCUGAAACACUGAAGAGGAAAAAGUGUUUUGAAACAAAGACAACCUCAACAACCAACACCAUGUGUGGCAGCUACUACGGAGGUUGUGGCUAUGGAGGCUGUGGUUACAGAGGCUGUGGCUACGGAGGCUGUGGUUACAGAGGCUAUGGCUAUGGAGGCUGUAGCUACGGAGGCCUGGGCUAUGGCUAUGGCUCCAGCUAUGGCUGUGGCUUCCGCAGACUGGGUUGUGGCUAUGGCUGUGGCUACGGCUAUGGGUCUCGCUCCCUCUGUGGCUGUGGCUAUGGCUGUGGCUCUGGCUACCGCUCUGGCUUUGGCUGCUACUAUUGAGGUUGCCCUGGGAGACUUUUCUCUCCCACACAUGUAACAUCAUGAUUUACCUGCCCUGAAUCCCACGCCCUGUGUUCCUACACAAGGUUGAGAUAAUUCUGAUUUGUGGAAUGGGGUGGUCCCUGUCUGGAUCUAAAACCCAUAAUUAUUUAUUCCCAACCUUUGCUUCAUGAAAAGCCAGAAUGUGAUAAUUCAUCCUGUGAACUCACUUACGUACUUCUACCUAGUCACUGAUCCUGCCUUGAUAAUUUUCAUGCAUCAUUCUGUUUCCCAGUGUUCUUUAAUAAAUU